UUGGGGUUGGAAGCUUUGUAUCAAAAUUGCACCACAUAUACCGUUCUAAGAACUGAGAGAGAGAGAUGGGGAGUGGACUUUCUAUGAAGAACGAGAGCGAAAGAUUAUACGAGGGCGAGAUGGUUAGGGAGGUUCCUGUCCAAAGAUCCCUGGACCUGGAACAUGCUGUCCUUGCUUCGCCGGCGAUGGCUAGGGGAGAUCGUCCUAUUCUAGAUUUCGUCCCUCCCCGUCUCGACGGUCCUGCGUUGUGCUCCGAGAUACCGCCCAUUUCUGCACAUCCGUUUCCUCGUCCUUCCACAAGUGCUGAAGGGAGCGGUAGCAUCAACCUUCUCCCAAAGAACCUACUGAAGCAAGAUGUUGGGGUAGAAGUUUCCAAGGCAACAAACCACUGUUCUGGCCCCGCGCAAUCAAUAUCCCCAGCAAUAAUAGACAGACGAAGUCGCGCCGCGUUCAAGUUGUAACUCUCCUACAAUCAACUCUCCGAUCAGCACCAUAACUGGUGAACUCGGGCUAAGGUCUCGGAGCCCUUCUAGCGGUUAAACCGAGCGGCUAAAAUGGCCGUAUGUAAUGUAGCAGGCCUAUGUUGGCCAUGUCUUGUUUAGUUGUAUGCCAUUACAACGAUAGCCUCACCCGACUCCUGCCCUGGUAAUUUUUCCCUCCUUUUUAUUUGUCUUUCUUUGAGGUCCUUGAGGACCUUAAUUAUACAGUUUCUUUACUUCUACAUAAUACAUGCUUGGCUGGCCUUCUUAAUU